CGACAGUCAAAAACCAUACUAUCUUCCUUCACAACUGUGGUAUCUAGGGAAUCAGAGGGAAGCACAUCCCAUACAUUUUGGUUGUGUUUGUUUACCUCUAAAAAAAGUAGCACAAGUAGUGUUUUAUUUUUUUCUUCAAAUUUAACAGAGAGGGAUCGAACAAAAAUGUUGCACCCACAUCAUAGAGGUAUUGAAUAUUGCAUAGUCAUAGCAUUAUAUUAUGAAUUUAUUCUGUCUAUCAAUCAUACUCAUACUCCUACUGAAUCAUAGAAUCAUAGAAUCAUAGUCAUAGUCUAUGUGUAGAGUGUAGUCUCUAUAUUCUAUGUUUAUGUCUAUGUUAUGUAUCAACGUUGUCGUAGGCCGUAGACGUAGGAGUUAAAGACAUUUUUCAUUUCAUUUUUGUAAAUGUAAAUUUAUAAUAUGAUAAUAAAUUAUAUUUUACAUUGAAACUUAUUACUAAUACUAAUUAAACUAAUCUAGGUGUUCAAUCCUAAUUCAUUAUUAACUCUGUGCAGUCAAGUGUUUUUUUUUCUUCUUUUGUCUUGUGCUCCUUUUUUUUGCGUGGGUCAUCUCACAAAACAUCAUGAAUCAUAUUAUUAUUAUAGUAUAGACUAGUCUGGAUGGGAUGCCACAAUGAGCGUAAUUAAUUAAUUAUUAAUACCCAUCAUAUUACAUAUAUAAUUGAAUGGGGAUUCAUACUUUAUACAAUUUGCUUACAAAUUAUUCUGUUUUUUUAAACCAAGAUUGAUCUAUAAAAAUGGGUUUACCUUUUAACAACAUUCUGUCAUUACACACAAACAACACAACUGUAAGUAAGAAGGAAAAACAACCUUUAGGAGUAGUUUCAAUUUAUUGAUAUUAAUUCUGCAAUUUUUUAUAAAAAAUUAAAAAAAAAAAAAAUUUAGAAAUACAUCCAUUAGUUUAAAAAAAAAAUUAUUUUUGUAAAACAUGCGUAAAAGAAAAUGCUGUUUUUGUGGUCAAAUUUAGACAAGUGGAUAUUUGAUGCAGAAUUAUUUAAAUAAAAAGUUUAAAACCUAUUUAUUAAUAUUAAAAAGUUGACAUUUAAUACAAAUACAUUUAAAUACAUUAUAAUAUAACAACUAAUUUGAAAAUUUUGUUAUUAUAAAUGAUUGAAAUUUUAUUAAGAAUAAAAUAAAUAGAAAAAUAAUAAUAAUAAAGCUCUUAGAGCUUACAUGACUAAAUCAGGCUUAAACAAAAAUAAACACAGUCUAAGAGUCUUCUUAACUAAGGGGAUGUUCUAACAAUAAACAAUUAUUUUCCUUAAUUAGAUAGACAGAAAUGAUUAUCACAUUUCAAACAUUUACAGUCACAGUCUGACGCUCUUUCUUUUUGAGUCAGUAACACCAUGACAUUGAAUUAGGCUCAUGUAUAUACGUAAAAGAAAACAAAUGUAGAGUUCUAUUGGUAUUAUUUCCUUCAGUUAGUGUAUAAGUACUAUUUUUUGUUCUGUCAUGUGGUUGGCAUAAGCAUUGAUGUAGUCACAAGUUUUCAACAUGAUAUCCUGAUUGAAAAAAGGUUUGGGGAUAUUUCCUGUGGAUGAUAAAUAAUUUAUUUGUAAAUUGCAGGUUAGCAUGACAUAAACGCAUGAUUUUAUUGAUCUAAUAUGAAUGUAACAAUAGUAUAACAGUUAUAAUAAUAUUAUUAUUAGGUGGUUUUAUGUAGCCCAGAAUCCAGCGUAGGGCUAGGCUCACUGUGCUUCACAUAAAAAUUAGCAAUUUCAUAAACAUACAUUUAAAAACAGCAAAUAGUGAAAAGCUUGACUUCACCCAACCAAGUACUAUGUACCCCUGUCUAGCCAAGGACAGCAUCCAGCAGAAUCGAGCAUUGUUUAUCAGUCAGAGUGGCAUGAGAAUGAGUCAGUAUAGUACAGUUUGAAGAGAUGGGUCUUGAGGACAGUUUUGAAGGCUGUGAUGGUCGUUAUAUUGCGGAUGUGUAAUGGGAGACAAUUCAAUUGUCAGUAUAGUACAGUUUGAAGAGAUGGGUCUUGAGGACAGUUUUGAAGGCUAUGAUGGUCGUUAUAUUGCGGAUGUGUAAGGGGAGACAAUUCAAUUGUUUUGGGGCACAGAAAAAGAAAGAUCAAACACUAUAUCCUUUAGUGUGGUUUCUGGGAAGAAAGAAUACGCGUGUCUGCGGAGGAACAAAGCUUUUGAAGGGAUGAAUAAACAGUAAGAAGUUCAGUAAGAAAGGAAGGACAGAAACCAGAGAAAAAGUUGUGACAGAGAACAGACAGCUUGUAAUCAUUGCAUCCUUUAUAGGGGGCCAAUGAAGUGAGGGAAGUUGUGGAGUGACGUGAUCAUGUUUCUUUACCUUUAGAUCUAAUUUAGCAGCUGAGUUUUGAAUUUUCUGCAUUUUUUUAAUGAAAUUUUUUGGUGAACCUGACAUAAGAGAGUUACAAGAGAGAGAACAAGAGCACAGACUGGGUUUUUUUUUGCGGCAACUGUGAAAAAAUAUCUAAGAAAGGAACCUAAGUUAAUUUCAGGAUUUUUUAAUAUCAUUUUGGACUUUAAAAUAUUUUUUAUGAUAGCAGCUAGCUCGUUUCAAGAGUGGAGAGAAUACCAAAAUAGCAUACGUAAACUUGUCUCGCUCAUGUUCUUUUAAAAACAAAUUUGUUUUAAAAAAUUUAUUAUUAUAUUUAAAACUUAAAGUUUUUAUUAAUUAAAUUCUUUGACUUCUAUUAAUAAUAAUUAUUUCAUUACUAAAUAAAAAAUAAAUAUUAAAAAAAAAAAAAAGGUUAACUCCUCCCCCAUUCCUAUUCUGCAAAAAUGCCAGAUUUUCUAAAGUUGGAUAGCACAGAGUUAAGUUCACAUUAUGUUUUUUUCUCAGUACUAUUAGUAAUAAAAAAUAACAUAUCUUGUUCAACUUUUUUUUAUCUAUUAGUAUUACAACUAGAUUAAGGGUCAGAGGAUACUUGUAUUCAUUUUUUUGUUUGUUUGUAAUAGUACUUAUUAUAGCCUACCUACUUUGUUGGUUAGAUAGCCUAAAGAGUUCUUCUUUCUUUGAGGAGUUCUUGCUAUAAGAAUAUUUACAAAAGAACUAGUCAGGCAUUCAUAAAUCAGCAAUUUAUUUUUUCUUCAUUCUCUUUAGCUUUCUUAAAAUUCAUUAUGGAAUAUAAUUUUAAAAAAACAGUAAAUUACAACAAAAGUAUUGGAAUUGAAAAUAGUAUUUUGGCUUUUGGUGCAUCUUACAACAAUAUUAUUAAUAAGUUUAGACCAGAAUGGGAUGAACAAGAUUUUUAAUAAAAUGUGCUAAAGUAUCAUAAUUGGUUUAUAUAUUUAAAAUUUGUUUUUUAUGUGUUCAAAUACGAUUUUACAAAUUUUGAAAUUGAAUUAUAAUUAUGUUGUUGAUUAUUUCAAAAUCUCUCGCAUUCACUGGCCUAAAUAGAUAAUUUUACCAUUUAAUGACCGUGAUAAAAAGAUUGAUUAAUUGGUUUUAUUCAUUGUCAUUUCCAAAAAAAGGUUUGAGAGUUUAUUUUAACCUUAGCGGAGUAGGCCUGUAAAAUCAAUUUAAAUAUUUUGAAAGUUUUUAUUUCAAUAAAAAUUAACUCCUAGAUUUAUUUAAUAGUUAAUAAAAAUUUAAAUGAGAAAAUGGGAAACCAGCUUUAAGGGACAGGAGCUAUAACAACAUUAAUAAUUUUUUAUAACGUUCUUGUGUUUUUUUUUUGUUUUAUCAGAAAAGUCUGUAAUAAUUUUAUUUGAAAUUUUCAUUUCGAAAAUACAAUUUAACCUAAAUAUCAUUUGAGCUUGGAGUAAGUGAAAUAGCUUAAUUAAGUUGGAAAUCAGAACUGUUAUUAACUUUCAAAUUGCUUUUUGAUUUUAAAAAACAUUAUCAAGCAAACCUAUUCAUGUUUGUCUAAAAUAAAUUAAUUAUUUUGUAUAAUGUAUUUUGAUUAAAUUUACAGGAUCAGAAAAAAAAGUUUGUUUCAUGACAACAAAGGUUAGGGAAAUGUUUCCUUUAAAAAUGGCAAGUGAUAGAUUUGGAAAUGCAUUAUGUCCCUUGAAAGGUGCACCACAGCUUGGACCUGGAUGUUAUGAUGUUGAUGAAGUGAGUAAAUGUGGUGUUAUGAUGCUGAUAAAGUGAGUAAAUGUGGUUCAGCCUUGUUGCAGUUCCUCAAAAAUGGUUUACUGUGUUAAAUUCUAUCAAGGAUCAUUGUCAGUUGAGUAGGUUAUGGGAACAAUGGUUAUUAAAAUAGUUUUUCAUACUAAAUCAAUUAGCUCUUGAAGGAAAUGGGGCUGCUCUAAAGCAAAGAUAUUGCAGAUUAAUCAUUCUUAUCCAAACUAGAUGGAGACAAAGCUCACUAGAAAUUAGAAUUGCUUUAAAACAAUUGUUUAAAAAAAAACACAAAUGAGUUGUAUAAGAUUUUCAUUGGUGUAGGGGGUGCAGAAGGAAAUGUCAUGAGAGACCAUGUAAGGGGGGAAACAAUGGAUUAUGUUAAAGGAAAUUUGUUCCUCAGAAAAGUGAACUGUUAAAGAAAACAUAAAUAUUUUCCAUAUCUUCAAAUAAUGGUGAUAGUGAUUAAAAUUUCUUAAUGAAUCAUAUUACUCAAUGGACCUUUCUGGAAAAUUGACCUACACACUCUAAAAUAAAAAAAAAAUGAACAAUACUUUAAGCUUAUAUCAAAUCAAUGAUUAUGAGCUGUUAAAAAUUUUUAUUAGAUAAUUAAAUUAAUUGAUAUAAUUAUCAGUUUUAGUAGUCUUGCCAAUUGUUUUUUCAUAAUGUCUUUUCAAGAAAACAAGUUUAUUCCAUGGUGUGAGAACCAAAUUAGUUAGUACAAAAGGAUAUACAUUAGGAGCCAGGACAGGCCCACGACUUGCUGUACAAAAUAUUGUAAGUCUCUUUUUUUAAAAAUUUCUUUAUGUCAUUUUCAAUAAAAAAAAUUCCUCUUUAAUAUAAAAAUCAUUUAUAGUUUAUGGCAGAAAUAUUAGUAUUAAAAGAAUUUCAAUAAAAUAUUUUAAAUAUUGUAAUUAUUUAUUUUAAUUAGCUAAUAAUUGUUUUCUUCUUGUUUUGAUGGUGACGAUUAAGAUUAAAUUAGUCAAUAUUUUGUUGCCAUCUAACUUGGUUGUACACAAAUUACUUCUGAGGUACCAGUUAAUUAUUUGGUACUUGUAGAUCUGUUUGUGUGUCUUUAUUAAAUAUUAUAAAUGUAAAUGGUCUCAUGACCACUUUUGAAAUAUCCUUUUUUUUUGUAAGUGGGAGCGAUUUGUAAAAUGCACUUUUUUUGUGUUUUGUAAAAGGUGGCACUGCAUCUAAAGACUGGGGAAAGGGGGGGGGCACUCUUCAUGCUGAUUUAAGUUGUUAUUCCUAGCUGAAUUAUAUAUUCUGAUAUUGGAUCAUCAUGGAAUUGUUAAAUGUUUUUUCAAAGACUUAUACAUUUUCACAUAUUGGAAAGAAAAUAUUUAGUGUGUUUGAAACCAAUUUUGAAAAACAAUUCUGAGAACAUGCAGAAAAAGAAAAUGAUCAGUUUCACAGCACACUAUGUGUCUUUUACAAUGCUGUCAUGAAUGUUUCAGAACCUAACACCAGCACCAGGAGAACACUUUGUUCCAUCUAGUUAUGCCACAAAAGAUUCAAAGAAACCAUUUGAGGUGGGCUCUGAAAGAUUUCCAGUGCGUAAGCGAGAUCUUCUUGAAGUUACUCCAGGGUUAGUCGUGUAUUGAAAACUAAUUUUAUGAUACUAUAUAUUUAAAAGUUAUUGUGACAAUUAUAACACUACAUGCCAACCUGUACGCUAUAGCCUACCCAGAGGUUGUAACGGUUUUUAAAGUUUUCUUAAUGGUAUGGCCAUAAGAGAUAUUGUAUGGUUUGAACUCAGAUUUUAUUUUAAAAAAUAAACAAAGUUUGAACACGACACUUGUUCAUUAAUAGGGAUGAAAUAGAUUCAACAUUUAUCGAAUGGGAUUUUAACUCCUAUUGGUCUAUUCAAAAUGACCUUUGACCCAAAGUUUAGGAUAGGUAGGCAUUUUACACUUUGAAUCUGAGCGAACUACCAACGUUAUAUGGCUAUUGCAGGAAUUCUAAGUCUACCAAUACAAUGUUGAAAGUUUCUAUGUUAAAAAUGAUUGAAUAAACACCCAAAAUGAGACGCCAUUUUAUGUCUUUCAUCAAAGGCAUCAAUCAGACAAAAACAAUGAAUAGCCACUACAUAUGUUUUAAUUUAUAUCACCACACUACUACUGCAUGCCUAAUCUAACAUGUAACACUUUCUAUAACUAAUGCGGGUGGGGUUUUCUUUUUUUUGUAUAAACAUGCCUAUACUUUAUUUAGGGCAGACAUCAGUCAGAAUAUAUUCUUUUUUAAAAAUUUAUUAUUUUACUCCAGAUGGAAAAUUCUAAUUAACAUUUAAAUGUGCAAAACUAACUUUAAAAGAAAAAUAAGUUGAAAGGGGGGGGGGGGGGAAGAGGUUGAGUGCUUACUUAUUUAAGCUUAGCUUCUACUGACGUUGAAACACACUUUUUAAAUAAAUAGUCAGAAUAUAUUCUUUUUUAAAAAUUUAUUAUUUUACUCCAGAUGGAAAAUUCUAAUUAACAUUUAAAUGUGCAAAACUAACUUUAAAAGAAAAAUAAGUUGAAAGGGGGGGGGGGGAAGAGGUUGAGUGCUUACUUACUUAAGCUUAGCUUCUACUGACGUUGAAACACACUUUUUAAAUAAAGCUGCAUGAAUGAAACUGUGAGGCAGGAAGGGAAAUUCUAACUCUAUUAAACGAUCCUUCCUCUCUCAGCCCAAUAUUAAGAAAAUCUUAUCUGAUAAAGUUACAAAGGCGGAUAUCGUCUUAUUUGCACAUUUAAUUUGAAAUCCCAUCUAUGUUACAGUGCGAAAUCGACAAUGACACCUGGAAUUUGGGUUUUCAAGAGAGCAAAGUUUGCAUGCAUUCCAACCAUUGAUAAUUAAAUGAAAAAAUUUAUUAAGUUAUACUUUUUUUUUUUUUUUGGUUUACUUUUUAAUUUUUCUGUACAGUCUUACAUGAUAAUUGCACAGUUAUUUGGGGUUUUGGUGAACAAGUUUUGAUCCUGCAGGUUGGCAUGUGUGCCUUUAACUUUAUAGUUAUGCAUUUCUUUUUGAAAUUAGCAUAGUUGUAUUUCAAACAAAGGUGAUACAACAAGCGAAAUGGAACUAUUUUAUUGGGACAUAUCUUAACUUACGACAUAGUUGAAAGACUGUAUGAUGAUAAAAAAAACAACAACAAUGUAAUUUGAAAUGUUAAAAUUAAACUUUGUCUUCAAAUAAAAAAAUCUGUACAUGUAAUAUCAUUGAAAAAAAACUUAAAUAAAAUAGUCUGAUUUGGUGGUGAAAGUAAGUCUUUUGGUCAUUGUUAAAUUUUAAAAUUGAAAUAUUUUUAUAAAAUUCUGGCAUUUUUUAUAACUUUAGGGCUGGAACAUAUGACACUGAUGUGGCCAUCAACAGAAAAGUACAUUGGCACCAGUCAUUUGGCGGUGCACCCAUCUUGCUUCCCAGUGUCAGUCUUAGAAGUACCAUUGAUAGGAACACAGACAAGGUUAGUUUCAAUGUUGCUGUUCUCUGAUUGGUCAAUCCAAAGAUUUACUCUAUCUCAAAAUUAAACUCCUACAAUCAAGAGUAUAUAAUUAUGUGCCCACUAUAGCAAUUAUGUGCCCACUAUGGCAAUUAUGUGCCCACUAUGGCAAUUAUGUGCCCACUAUGGCAAUUAUGUGCCCACUAUGGCUUUGUCUCUUAAAGUCCAAUAAGUGCAGCGGACUAAAAAUUGCUUUAAAUGACUAUUAGAAGCAGCAAAUAAUACAACUCCAUCAUACAUUUUGUAAGUAAUCUUGAUCUCAUUAUUUUAUUUUUCCAGCUUUACAGUACCAAAGAAGAAAGAAAAUAUCACAGAAAACUUGCUUAUCUGAAACUCUACUACUGACAGUUUUUGCACAUUUAUUGAAGUUCCCCUGUAAAUAUCACCUUAGUCAGAGUGAAGUUUAAAAAAAACCCAAAAAAACACUCUAAAAAUGAAGAUAACAAAAUUUCAUUUUCUGAAAAUAUUAUUAUUUCCCAUGAACAUUGUGCUCUAUGGACCAAGCCCAGCAUUGGAAUUUUUGUUUCUUCUGAUGCCAGUGAGCAUUUUUUGUGUGUAUUUUCAUCUCUGCAGUGUGGAAAUAAAAAUCUUGUGGAGAGAAGCAUCCAAUGAUUUUUUUACAGGAACAGUUAAGUCUGGUCAAGCAUUCACAAAGUUCUGAAGUUUGUGGAAGGGAUGGUGUCCUGUAAAAUACGGAAUGAAUCUCUCAACACAUGAGAACUGUUGUCAAAUGCACUGUAUAUAAAUGGAAUUUGUGUCUCCAUUCUUCUUCACUUCAGAACUGAUAUUUCACUGAACAUGUUUACAUAAUUUAUACAGCAGGAAUGCACCUUGUGUCAGUGCAUACACAUCACAUUUAGACUAAGCUAUGUACCAAACUUUAGCUGCAGCUUUUGCAAGAGCAAGAGAUCAAUUGAUUUGAAUGUAAUUCUCAAACCAAAUCAGAAGAAAUUGAGAUAUUUAUAAAUUCGUAUAGCCUACAAAAAAAUUUAAGAGAAAAUUUGUUCAAAUAUAUCUAGUGUAGAAUGUUAUUUAGAAAAUGAGACAUUGUUGUUUUUUUCCCCCUUCAUUUUCUUUUUAAGUAUAGUAUUUUCAAAACAAUCUAAAAAAAAAAUUUCAUGGUAUAUGAAAUGUUGUUGCAAAACCAAAAAAUUUAAAAAGCAUACAGUACUACAUUGGUCCAUUGUCACAGCCAACUUGGCAUAACCUCAGGUGCAUAAGUCAUCUUGUCACAGCCAACUUAGCAUAACCUCAGGCGCAUAAGUCUUCUUUGGUUUGAAUAUUGCUGUUAGAUAGUUAACAGCAGUUAAAGUCACUAGCAGCAAAUAUACUUUAAAAAAAAAUAAAAUAACCAGGCGAUUUCUAUUAACAAAAUGAUUUUUUGUAUUAUUGGUAUUGAAAAAAAAGUGUGGUAACAUUCACUUUAUUUUUGAUUCUUAACUGCUACAAUUAUAUUUACAAAUCAGAAUAGAGUUUGAAAGUAUUGGAAAGUCUUACUUCAAUUUAGCUGAGUUUACUUACUUCAUGCAGUCUGUAGUCUACUUACUUCAUGCAGUCUGUCGUUUACUUACUUCAUGCAGUCUGUAGCUGAGUUUACUUACUUCAUGCAGUCUGUAGCUGAGUUUACUUACUUCAUGCAGUGUGUAGUCUAAUUUUUUGUACUGAAAUAAAAUCUUACUUUUCAUUGAAGACACAAGCAGGCCCGUUCUUAGGCAUACACUGACUACGCAUCCGCGUAGGGCCCCGAAAGUGAGGGGGCCCCCAUGAGGCGCCCUCGAUCCCCCGUUUUUUUUUUUAACUGGCACUGCAGCCGUCUGUGUCACUCACGUCACCUUCCUCAUCCUGAAAUUUAUCAUUCUGAGUUGAAUUCGGAGGCAGGAGAAGGGAAGCAGCAGGGGGGAGCUUUGGGGGUGGCAGACAGCAAAUCGGGGGCUUGGCCGUGGGAAUGGGAAAGAGGAAACAUUGAUGAAGGCAGAAUGGAGGUGCCACAGUGGUGGGUGGUGUUUUCUCCUCAGGUCGAGGGAGCUCCACCCCCAGACCCCCCCCCCUUCCGGGGCCCCCAAACUACGGUCCAUGCUUAGGGCCUCCAAACUCCUAAGAACGGCUCUGACACAAGCACCCAAAUAAACGUUAAAAAUUAAAUUUUGAUGACCUUGGAAGAACUGAAACAUGAUGAAUGUUGUCAAAAAGGCAGUGCUGUGUACAUUGAAUUAUUUUUGUAAUUCUGAUGUUAAAAAGUAAAAAAAACAAAAAAAACACUUCAACUUUAAGUUUAAGGCCUUUAGCAUUUAACAAAUCUAAUAAAACAUUUCUCUUUCAUUAACUGUUAUGCACAGAAAAAAUAUGGUCACAGAUAUCAAAUGUCAAGUUGUAUCGAUAGGGGUAAAAAAUUUUUUUGGGAAAAGUCCUAGAAGGCAAAUAUUUAAAUCUAAGGCAUGGACACAAAAAUAUAGAUCAGGAUUAUGUGGCUCUGUCUGUCCAUCCAUAAAGUUUGGAAUAUAACGUGGUUCUUGGAGCUGCCCACAUGGACCCAACCCUGCCACUCCCCCUCCCCCUACAGUUGGGCAGCUGAGAUGAUUGCCCAGUUUGAGGAACAUACUGGCGAGCAGUUAUACUGACCUCUUCUUUGAGAGACGAGGCCAGUACAUGAUUUCUCAGUCUAAAGAUCCUACAAAACUUAAAUAAUCAAACCAUCAACGUGUUUGUUCUGACUCGUUUUUCCUUUUAGUACAGUGGUUCUCAACCUUUCUAGUGCCGCGACCCCUUAAUACUGUUUCUCGUGUCGUGGCGACCCCCAAGCCACACAAUUAUUUUCGUUGCUACUUCAUAGCUGUAAGGAUAUAUGUUUUCAGAUGGUCUUAGGCGACCCCUGAAAAAGGGUCCCGCGACCCCCAAAGGGGCCGCGAACCACAGGUUGAGAACCGCUGUUUUAGUACAUCUUUUUUUUUUAAUUAUUUUUUUUUUUGUUGUAAUUUAUAAAAAUGACACAACUUAUCAAUAUAAAUAUAGGAAAAGAACUAAGUAUUUGUUUGCGUCUUCACUCAUGCAAUAAUUAUUAUGUUAUAACAUUAUAACCCCAUUAAUCCACUGGAACUUGAAAAAAUUCCCCUCUUAAAAAUGACCUGAAUAUAUUCAUAACGUCUAAAACACUGUUAAUGACGUUAAGCAAUUCGUUUCUCAAAGCUUAAAAUAGAAUCCCGUUUAAUGAAUGUGUGGUUUUGUGUUAGGAUACACAAUUAAAUGUGGAAAUGGUCACUGCUUUUUAUCAAACAAUGAGAGCCUUGCACCCUGUGAAUAAAAUCUUUACUAAACACUC